AUGUCAAAGGCAUAUGAUAUAGUAGAAUGGAAGUUUGUUGAAGUAAUGAUGUGCUAUCUUGGGUAUGAAGAGGAUUGGAUUUGCAAAAUUAUGAAUUGUGUUUGCAGAAUCUCCUUUUCCAUCUUAUUGAAUGGUGAGGUUCGUGGUUCGGUUACUUCUCAACAGGGUUUAAGACAAGGAGACCCUCUCUCUCCUUAUCUUUUCCUUCUUUGUUUUGAGGGGUUGUCUUGUCUUAUUCAUGAAGCUGAGCGUCAAGGAAAGAUAACUGGUGUUCAUUUUGGCAAAAUUGGUCAAAAAAUUAACUUGGAGAAGUCUGAAGUUUGUGUGGGAAAGAGCAUUUUUCAAGAGGAAGCUAGGAACUUGGCUAUUUUUCUUGGAGUUACUCUUGCUGAUUGUCACCCUAAAUAUUUAGGCAUGUCGACCUUUGUGGGAAAAAGAAAGAAGGAAGUGUUCUCUAUGAUUAAGCAAAAAAUUUGGAAUAACCUUAGGGGUGGAAAGCCAAUCUCUUCUCUCAAGCGGAUUCACGCCAUGGCUGCUCAGCUUUGGUGGGGUUACUCUCUCCAUAAGAAGAAGAUUCAUUGGGGAAGUUGGGAAAAAUUGUGUAAGGAAAAUGAAAAAGGGGGCUUGGGGUUUCGAAGUUUGGAAGAUUUUAAUCGUGCUUUUCUUGCUAAACAAGGGUGGAAUUUACUUUCUAAGCCUUCCUCCCUUCUUGCCUACAUCCUAAAAGAGUGCUACUUUGUGAAUCGAGAUUUUUUAAAUGCCAAAAACAAUUCCUACAGUUCAGUCAUUUGGAGGAGUAUUUUAUGGGGUUGUGAAGUGCUUAAAAAGGGAUUUGUUGGCGUAUUCAAAAUGGGGCUUCGGUUAGAAUCAAUGAGGAUUGUUGGUUGCCCCACCCGAAGACUUUUAAUUUGUGAAUCAAAGCUCUUGUUCCUCCAAACACGAUGGUGUCAUUGUAAAUCUGAAACUAUUAUUCAUGCUCUUUGGGAAUGUCAGAGUGUUAAGAAAAUCUGGGAUUCAGUUAACUUGUUACAGCUCUUCCCUCAUAACAGCUUAGAUCAUUUUGAUUUUGCUUUGAGUGUUUGGUCUCACUGCUCUAAGCAUGUGUUUCUGCUUCUUACUGAUUUUAAGAGAGAGGGAAACAGUCGGAGCAAGAGGGAGAAUUUUAAGUGGCAAGCUCCUCCUCUUGGGACAAUCCGAAUAGACUGUGAUGCUUCUCUUGGAAGAGAUUCCAUGGGAUGUGGUAUAGGAGUUGUUGCUCGGGAUCAUGGAGGCAAAGUUAUUGCUUCUCAAUCGGUGUAUAAACCUGGGAUUUCCUCUGUAGAGUUGGCAAAGAGUUUAGCUAUUCAGCUGGGAUUUCAGUUGGCUUGGAAACUGAGAUUGCAUUCGUUCCAGCUUUUCUCUGAUUGUGCAGCAGUGAAAAAAGCUUUGAACUGUACAGAUACAACUACUACUAAUUGGUCUUCAGUAAUAAAUACCAUUAAGGAGUCCCCUAUGUUUACUUUGUGCAGUUUAGUGGUUCAUUCUUUUAAGGAAGCUAAUAGGGUAGCUCACAUUAUUUCUAAACUUGCUUGUACUAAAAUUGUUUCUGAUUUGUGGGUGGGCUCUGUCCCUGAUUGUGCAUCUGCUUUGAUUCAAGCAGAGUUGCCUUAG